AUGAGACCGCGUAAAGUCAGUCUUGAUUGGGACGAGGCCAAGGAAGUCCUCAGCUUCCCAUCUUGGGCGUGGCCCUCGUUCCCUGGCGGAGUAUUCUAUGGCGGUUCAAGUAAAGUGCACAAUCUUCAGAUUACCUGUUCUCAAAGCCCAUCUGACCUGAAGAUCUUAAGCUACAGCUUCAGGACUGAUGGGUCAUCGGAUGUCUAUGCCGGAACAUGCAUCUGCAUCCAAGUUGAAGGGUUAUUGCAAGAAGUUCUGAUAGAGUUUAAGGCCAGCAGCCACUAUAUCUCCACUGGAGUCAAGCUUGCUAGCUGGUCCGUCAAUUUUGACUAUCGUCCAUCAGAUGAGGACUCUCCUUGGCAAAGGUACCUCUUAAGAGUUACUGGCUACAACAACAAGCUUUACGAUCUCCUUGUCCCCUGGGAUUCGGACCGCAAAAACGACCAGUCUGGUCGUGCGAGGGGACUCGAAGUUGUGUCGAAACUUAGACAAAAUCCUGACAAUGUAUGGUGCUUGUUAUUGGAAGAGAUCCUGCCCUCUUCUGCAGGUAUGCGAACUUUUCGGGGAAUUGGUAUGGCUGAUACGGAUGAUAUUUUCAAUCGUGAUAGUGUAAUCAGCGCAGAUGUCUUCGUAAACCCGGAGAGGUUGAAGAUGAAACUGGUUUGA